CAGGAUGCACGGUUUGUGAUACAUCUGCGGGAACUCCCGGACUCUGUCUUGCCUCGUCCCCGAUGUGGACUGCGCAAGCAUGUGUUCUACACUAUCUUUGGGCUUUCUUCCCGCGCACCGACCAAUUGUAUCGUCUGAGGCUCGGGCCGGUGGGUUUCCACAAUGGGCGAUAUCUCUGCCUAAGGAACUGCAGACGAAGCUUUACGCCACCAUGAACGUCGACCGAUAUUCCGUGUGCGGGAAUGGGCGUGCAUCAAGGUGGCUCAUGUGCCUCCACUUGCCGACAUCGGGCAUGUGUCUUGCUCUCCUUCCUCUCCGCAAGUUGCCGUGUGCUUCGUCCACAUCAAUCAGCACAUCAUCACCCUGCUUUUCUGCUUAUCAGGGCCCAUAUAGGAACGCUUGUC